AUGGCUGCGCUCUGGUUCGGGUCGCUGGUUCUUCUCUCGUGCCCGUUAUGGGUGCGGGCCUACCCCAGUGGAGCACCCACGGGCGCCUGUGAGGACAUGAUGCCGCGUCACAUGGGGGUGACACCGCAGACCUCUCGUCCCCCCUACACCCUGCUCACCGACGCCGCCGUGUACAGCCCGGGCAAACCCAUCACAGUGACCAUCGUGGGGCCUGACUACAGGGGGCUGCUCCUGGAAGCCCGAGCCCCAGGACGCCUCUCCGCCCUGGGCACCUGGCAGCUCCCUCCCCCUGACACGCGCUUCCUGGAGUGCUCAGGGAACAGUCGUGGUGCAGUGACCCACGCCAACAUCAACCUGAAGGGAAACUCCACAGUGUUCAGCUGGAGGCCCCCAGACACCACGGGCCCCGUCUACUUCAUGGCCACGGUGGCAGAGCAGAGGACCGUCUUCUGGCUGAACAUCAGGUCCGGUUUGCUCUUCAGAGCUCCGGUCUCAGGUCUGGGACUGGCCUCUGCGACAAAAGGAGUGGCCCCUGAAGUACCUCUGCUCUCCGCUGCCCUCUGCUGGAUCGUCUGUAAAACACUGCUCUGAAAAUCUAAAUAAACACACAUAAAC